CCCUUCUUAAAACCAACUCCAACUACACAAUCCCAAAAGCCAAAUCCCACCGUUUCAAAAUUACCAACUUCAACGAGCUAGUGACCGAAGAUGGCUACUGAAAUCACAAACGCCGCGACUCUAAGCAAGCCCAACUCUGCCGUAACAAGGCCCUUGAAGCCACUAACCCGAGCCUACGUCACCUUCCUCGCCGGGGAUGGGGACUACGUGAAGGGUGUGGUGGGGCUGAUGAAAGGCCUGAGGAAGGUGAGGAGCAAGUACCCGCUGGUGGUGGCCGUCCUGCCGGAUGUGCCCAAGGAGCACAGCAAGAUCCUGGCGGAUCAAGGAUGCAUUGUACGGGAGAUCGAAGCGGUUUCUCUGCCCGAGAAGUACCAGAACCAGUUUGCCAGGGCCUAUUAUGCCAUUAACUACUCUAAGAUCCGUAUCUGGGGGUUCGUGGAGUAUAGCAAGAUGAUCUACCUAGAUGGCGAUGUACAAGUCUACGACAACAUUGACGACCUCUUCGACCUCCCUGACGGACACUUCUAUGCCGUGAUGGACUGCCUCUGCUAUGCAUACAACCAACGGUGUCCCGAUGCGCUCCAGUGGCCUGAGGCUGAGCUGGGCCCUCCCCCUGCCAUCUACUUCAAUGCGGGCAUGUUUGUGCUCGAACCUAGCCUCUCCACCUACCGCGACCUCAUCAGGACCCUUGAGAUCACCCCGCCUACACCCUUCGCAGAGCAGGACUUCUUGAACAUAUACUUCAGGGAUACCUACCACCCGAUUCCUCCUAUCUAUAACCUUGUGAUAGCCAUGCUGUGGCGGCACCCCGAGUUUGUCGAGCUCGAGAGGGUCAAGGUUGUGCACUACUGCUAUGCCGGUUCAAAGCCAUGGAGGUACACGGGGAAGGAGGAGAACAUGGACCGAGAUGACAUUAAGAUGCUAGUGAAGAAGUGGUGGAAUAUUUACAAUGACGAGUCCUUGGAUUACAAGAACUAUGUAUGCAGCACCGGCGGUGGAUCAUACCGAGCCUGUGAACCCGCAAACCUUCUCACCAGCCCUAUAAGGGGCUGGCGUCCUUCAUUACGUAACGGACCGAUUGGCCAUUUAGACCCAUUUUAGUCCGGUUCCAGCCAUAGUCUUCGACUAUUGUACUCUAUACUAGAGAACGGUCACCCUACCUACGGAAUUUGAAUUAUAAAUCACGUAAUGUUCAUCCA